AGUUGCAACUCGAGGGUUCAGUAGAAGUCCAGUCACCUCUUCCCCUUCCCUUGUCCAUACAACAUCGGCAUAGAAUCAGCAGCAAACGGUUUUGACACAUAGCGAAACAUUCGGCUCUACACCUCCUUUACUCUUACAGCCGUCGGCGUGCGGUUUCUGUCACUGUCGCCUCUGUCGCGCUCCGCCUUGAUUGCUCUCCUUGCGUCCGGAGGGGUUUGUAUCGAACACAACAUGGCGAUCCAGUACUUGAUCCUCCUCUCCAGGCAAGGCAAGGUGCGCCUUGCCAAGUGGUUCACUACUUUGUCGCCAAGAGAGAAGGCCAAGAUUGUGAAGGACGUGUCCCAGCUGGUUCUGGCUCGCCGAACCCGCAUGUGCAACUUCCUGGAGUAUAAAGAAUCGAAAAUUGUUUACCGCAGAUACGCAUCCCUCUUCUUCAUCGCUGGCGCCGACUCGGACGACAACGAGCUCAUCACGCUGGAGAUCAUUCAUCGAUACGUCGAGCAAAUGGACAAAUACUACGGCAAUGUGUGCGAACUAGAUAUCAUCUUCUCUUUCACCAAAGCGUACUAUAUACUCGACGAGCUUCUGCUGGCUGGUGAGCUGCAGGAAAGCAGCAAGAAGAAUGUGCUGCGUUGCAUAUCCCAACAGGAUGCCCUGGAAGACAUGGAGGUAUGUUUUCCCCUGUUGCGCUUUCCUCUUAUCCCCCUACCGCUUCGCGGCCGCGUCCCCCAGUUCCGCACGCCCUUGUCGCUGUCCCGUUCUUCCUCACAUCAUCCGUUCUCCUUUGCUGGGGAUGGAAUGUUCGAUGUAGCCAGUGGACCAGCAAGGCCGUAGCCCUCUACCUUCGUUUGCAUUUCGAGCUGACUCCCCC